UUUAUAAGGCCAGGCUGAGCAAACCACCAGUAUGUGAGGAUAAUAAGAUAUAGAUAAGAGUUAUAGUAUCAAGACGCAUAUUUGAAAAUACAGAAGAAUCAAGUUUCAUAAUCUCAAGGGUAAGAAGAUCAAGACUUCAGGAGACAAUAAAGUAUGCAGAUGUAUCAUCACCAUCAUCAAGGAAAGGACAUACAGUCUUCAUCAAGAAUGUCAAUUACACCAGAUAGACAUUUGUUUCUGCAAGGUGGAGGCGAUUCAGGACUUGUUUUAUCAACAGAUGCUAAACCUCGACUCAAAUGGACACCAGACCUCCAUGAACGCUUCAUAGAAGCAGUCAACCAGCUUGGAGGAGCAGAUAAGGCUACUCCAAAAUCGGUUUUGAAGUUAAUGGGAAUUCAAGGGCUUACUCUAUACCACUUAAAGAGUCAUCUCCAGAAGUACAGACUCAGUAAGAAUCUAUAUCGCCAAACUAAUAGUGGUGGAACAAAUAAAGUUGAUAUGGUUGCACCAACAGGAGAUGACAUUGGUGAAACGAAUGGAAGCCACAUGAGCAGUUCAAGUGUUUUCCCUCAAACAAACAAAAAUUUGCAGAUAAGUGAAGCAAUACAGAUGCAAAUUGAAGUUCAAAGAAGGCUACAUGAGCAACUUGAGGUACAGAGACACUUACAGCUUCGAAUCGAAGCACAAGGGAAAUACUUACAAUCAGUUCUUGAAAAAGCACAAGAGACCCUUGGAAGCCAAAACUUAGGCACAGUUGGACUAGAGGCUGCAAAAGUUCAACUAUCAGAAUUGGUCUCAAAAGUAUCCACUCACUGCUUAAAUUCUACAUUUCCGGGUAUUAAAGAUGUCUCAAUACAGACAAACCAGCCAACAGAUUGUUCGAUUGACAGUUGCUUGACUUACUGUGAAGGACAACAAAAUGAACAAGAUAUGAUGGGGUUGACUCUUUUGAAGUCAAAGAAGGUUGACAAUGAGCCAGAAAAUGUAUGGUGUGAAGAUACGAAUAGAAACAAGAAGUUCGAUCUGUCGAUGAGUGUUGGAGGACUCAAAACCAGUGAAUGGAACACUAGUAGAAGCUACACUGAGGAAAGAUUUAUGGAUAGAGACGAGGAAGCCAUUUUAAUGAAUCAAAACAAUCAAAAGAAGACACACUCGGUGAAACUGGAGAAGGUUGAGAUGUCACAAAAGUUUCAGUUGCCUUAUUUUGGACAAAAACUUGACCUUAAUGUCCAUGAUGGGAAUGAUGCUGCUUCAAGUCACAAGCAGUUCGAUUUGAACGGACUUAGUUGGUAAUAAAAAGGUUUAACUUUAAGUGCAGAGCAGAAUCAUCUUUUAUCAUUAAUGACUUGGAUAAGAAGUUUGAACCAGUGAUUCAAGAUCUUUUAUUGCAUUUUCAGAAUUUUUGUAGUAUAUAUAGUUGGAGAAAGAUGAGAUAUUUCAAUCAAUGAAUAAUGAUGAUUCAGUUUUA